AUGUUGAGUCACUUCUUCAAGGUUGCGGCGGCUGCAGCAGUGGUAACUGCUGCUGAUGUUGCAGUUUCACCUGGUGCCAACUCGCUAUCAGCUGCCAUCGAUGCGGCUGCUGAAGGCGACGUUUUAGUUCUAGCGUCUGGAACUUAUUCAGAGGCAGCUGCAAUUCAAAUCAAUAAGGGACUCCUGAUAAGAUCAUCAGACCCCUCCAACAUGGCUGUACUGCAAGCUACUACACCUGUUUUGUUCUCUAUUAAUGGUCUGGCAGAGUUCUCAUUGGAAGAUGUUAAAAUUGAGGACAGCGCAGGCGUGCAGUGUGGAUUGACCGAACCCAUUGCGUUAACGGCUGAAUUUGAGUACAUACUUUUCCCUCCGAUAACAUACAACACUGCCGGUACAAUGAAAAUGGGUGUCACGGAAGGUGCACUAAAUGUCGUAGGCACUAUUGGUAACAUGUUCAACACUCGUGUCCUGAAGGAUAUAAUGUUUGAUGAUUGCAACUAUGAGGGAGGUAAGCUAAUCGCCCCUUUCAUAGAUAUACUAUCCAAUUGCAGGGCGGACCUUGGAUUUUCUGUUCUCAUGUCUAAUUUUGCAGCCUGCGGUGUUGUGGAAACUGACUACCCUACAAUGAGUUCAUACGAGUCUGAUCUCAAAAUCUGGUCCGAUGAGUACGUUACCAUGAUUGACGAUGAAUCAGCACUGCGUGUCCCCGUCAACCGUACUGGUACUGCAAUGACCCAUCUCAAAAUUGAGAUUGACCGAGUGGCUAAUAUCGCCGCAACUAUUGAACCUAAGUGGCCUUAUGCUGAGCUUGAAGCCGCGAUUACAUCUGUAGAUGUAAUGGCGAUUAGUGAGAAUGAGUCCACUAUUGUUCUGCAAAUCAACGUUCCCUCUCCCUACACGGUCUCCGGAUCAGCUUCUGGGGAGGUUCUAUUCAAUCAAACCGACGAUGGCGAGAUGGUCACCAGUGCGUGGAGAGUUACUGAGUCCUGUACGGCCCUAGAUUUGGAUGAGCUUUGUGUCCAAAGUAUCGCUUUCGAUAUUACAGCUUGUGAUUUGUCCGGACUUUUUUAUAUAUUCGGACUGAACUUUGAAUGUAUUGAAAAGGACAGCAGUGGAAACGAUUUGGAGUGUCCACAAAUCCUCGGCGAUGCUGAUCUAUAUUUCGCGGUUGAUUCUAACGAUCUUUGUGACGAUAUGUUCCAGCUUGAGGCUCUUUUCACUCCUACAAUUACUCUUCGCCCCGAUACCGCGCCUACCGAUGGCUACACUGGUAUUCGUCCUAACGAUAUUUUCUCACUUGGAGACAUGUCAUACUGGACCAUUCACCUCUGGACCAACGAGUCAGGUGUUGGUUUUGAUUAUGCCGAGAUUAUCAAGAUUGUGCGUACCUCAUCGAAUGUGGACUGCUCCGGUUUCCAGUGGUUCGGAGACGACAUCGCAGUUACUCCAGCGAAUCUAGAUCAAACCUUUGUUAGUUACGGUCCUUUGACAUUCCCCGCUGCUGAUAUAAAUUUCCCUAUGUUAGUAACAGUAAACAUGGCAUGCGCUACAUCCGACCGUGAGGGUUCAAGCUUGGAAUUCAACUUUACCGUUCUUGGUGAUUACAUGGAUAACUCCGGACGACGACGACGUCGUGAAGUGGGAGGACAAAACUUCCCGGACUUGACGCAGAAUGACAUGGAGCGUAGAGAGUCUGGCGAGGCUAAUGUUGACGCGCCGGCUGGUGUCAUAUACAAUGAGAAAGACUUCCCCAAGCUUGUCAACACUGGCGGCAACGCCGGUGCAUCUUCUGCCAACGAAGAAGAAGGAAGUGGUAUGAUGACGGCUGCUUUUAUCGGUCUGCUGUUGCUGUUGUGCUGCUGCUGCUGCUGCUGCUGCGUUGCGGGCGUGAUUGUGUAUCGCAAGAAACAAAACAAGAAAAGGGAGGAGCAGUACGGCAGUGUUGUCAAUCGAAGCAGCGCCAUGUCUAUGGGACAACCCGGCAGUUCGAUGCACAUGACUGGAAGGCCAAACGAAUCCGUAUCCUCCGAGAGCAUGUAG